AUGGCAGCGGACGAAACUACUGCUACGGUGACUGGGGGUGAUGAAUCCACGACAGAUCAACCUCUGCAUCCAGUCACACACUGGGAGCAAUUAAAUGAGCAAGAGGAGGCCGAUAAUAAUGACGCCGACUCUGUCAUCUCCAAUCCCGCCGAGUCGACAGCAUCAAUGACUUCGAGUAUCCUGUCGUAUCGAACCAUUCAAGGUCGAACCUUUCACUCGGAGAGAGGAAAUGCUCAAUACUGGGCUGCCAAUGACGAACAGCAAAAUGAGUCUAUGGAUAUAGUACAUCACUUUUUGAGUCUUCUGCUUGAUGACAGACUAUUUUUGUCACCCUUGAAAGAUAAUAUACAGUCAGCUCUAGAUAUUGGAACCGGGACAGGUAUUUGGGCCAUUGACUUUGCCGAUCAAUUCCCAGGCGCAAAAGUCGUAGGUACUGAUAUCUCGCCUAUUCAACCGGCAUGGGUUCCGCCAAACCUCGAAUUCCAUAUCGACGAUUGUACACAGCCAUGGACAUUCGCGCCGGAUUCCAUCGACUUUGUUCACAUGCGUUAUCUAUUUGGCAGCAUCAAAGAUUGGUCAGCGUUGUUCAAGGAAGCCUUCCGGGCAUGUAGACCCGGCGGUUGGGUUGAAAGUCACGAGGCUUCCGCGAUGAUGGAGAGUGAUGAUGGAACAGUUACAGAUACGAGCGCUAUGCAUGAAUGGGGAAGAUUCUUUAUUGAGGGGGGAAAGAAAAUGGGACAGCCGUGUACCAUUAUUGAGGAUGAUCUUCAACAGAAGUGUAUGCGCGAGGCUGGCUUUGAGGACAUUCAGAUCGCCGACUACAAGAUUGCUAUCGGAGGCUGGCCUAAGGAUAAGAAAAUGAGGGAGAUUGGCCAGUAUGUUCUGGCUGCUCUGGAGCAGGACUUUGAGGGGUAUGUUCUAUACAUGGCGAGCCAACUGUUGGGGUGGUCAAUGCAAGAGGUCAAGGUCUACUGUGCGCAGCUUCGGCGGGAACUUCGGUCAACCGCGAACCAUCCUUUCUUUCGUUAUCGCGCGGUUUAUGGUCGAAAGCCACAGGCUUCUUGA